ACAAUAGAGUGAGCGGAGAGUGAAGCCCGGUGCGCGCGCUCAAAGCUUAAAACUCAGCGUCAGGCUCGAGACACAUCAAACUGCCUGAGAACACACACACACACACACACACACACACACACACACACACACAGAGAGAAAGAGAGAGCUUUCCCUGGAAACGACGUUAACUUCAAACUGUCGGAUUUGGGGCAAAUCUGUGUUGACUGGAGGAGCAGUGAAACUGUCAGACAGGCUUCGUGGAUGGAUUGAGCGUCUGUGAGAGUUUGUAAAGCUCAAGUGUGUAUAAUUGCGUUUAUUUUGAGGUUUUCCGCUAACUGGGGAACUGAAUAUGAGAGCAUCAUUUAUUUUAACGGCUGAAGGAAAAGCGCUAGAGGUGUUCCAGAUCUCGAGAUGGUAACUAAACCGGAGACGGGAGUGGACUAGACUCCAUAAGAUCUGCCGUUAAGUUUUGAACACACAGAGGAGCAUUAACCGACGCGUGUAAUAGACAUCAAGUGAACGGUCUGUGCGGCAUGGCGCGCUGGGUAAGCUGUCUCGUUCUGGGUUAUCUCACAUGGCACUUGUACAUCCCCGAUGCGCGGGGAGAGUACUGUCACGGCUGGCUGGACAACAGCGGAAACUACCAUGAAGGCUUCCAGUGUCCGGAGCACUUGGACACGGCGGACGCGGCCGUGUGUUGCGGGAGCUGCGCGCUGCGGUACUGCUGUGCUGCCACGGACGCGCGCCUGGACCAGGGCAGCUGCACCAACCACCGGGACAGCGAGCACACGGAAUACACACCGCAACCUAUCUACAUGCCGUUCCUGAUGGUUGGCUCCAUUUUUGUGGCGUUUGUGGUCAUUGGCUCGUUGGUGGCUGUAUACUGUUGUACGUGUUUACGGCCCAAACAGCCGACGCAGCAGCCGAUCCGCUUCUCCCUGCGUAGCUGCCAGGGCGAGACCAUCCCCAUGAUCCUGACUGCAGGGGCGGCGCCUACCAACCUGCGCGCACCGUCGCGCCAGUCCAGCACGGCCACAACAAGCUCCAGCAGUGCUGGCGGGGGCAGCUCACUGCGCCGUUUCUCUCUGAGCAGAUCUGAUGUUCUGGGACUCCAGCAGCCCCCGCAGCAGCUCCUGCUGGCCUCAGCCUCUUCUGUAUCCACACCAGUGUCCCUGGCACCAGCUCAGCCCUUACUGCCUCCUCCACCUCCACCUCCAUACUCAUCUCCACAGUGCCUGCAGGGCAGCGUCUCUUACGUGCACACACACCAACACGGCCACCAUCAGAGCCUCCACACGGCCCAGAGCUCCAACCUCCUCCUGUCUCAGCAGUACUUCUUCCCCUUGCAGCCGGAGCCGUUUGGUGGGAAUAAAGGCUUUGCUGACUUCAACCAGAGCUGAUCUGGAGCUUCAGGAACAGGACACUGGACACACUAUUUCUCUAGCCUGAACUGGAAUACAAUAUGAAGUGAUGCUUCUUUUUUUUUGGGGGGGGGGGGG